AUUUGGCCAAUCAGAAGGCCUUUCUCAGGCGCGCUGCUUGAAUCAGGAAGUUGUCUCCCUCCCGGUAAGACAGGAGAAAAAUAAGCAAAUUUCAGCCAAAAAUGGGUGAUGAAUCGGUGGUCGCUGGCGGAUUGGCGUUUGGUAACGAUGACAAUGUCUACAAACAGGUUUUGGCCUCUUUUCCACUUUGUGACAUGACAGAGGAGGACCUGAGCCAGAACCCCCAAUUUUAUAAACUCAUGACCAGUCUGGCACAUCAUGUGGAUAAAACUGGACUGACUCGCCCACUGAAAACGGAUCUGGAGAAGGCUGAGCAGGAACUGCUGAGCCAGCGGCGAGUCUGGCUGCAGUCCGAGAGCCUUCACAGAGCUCUGCAGGAGAUGAGCCAAGACUACAGGGUCAGGAAGCAUCAUGCUACUGUAUCGCCUGACGAGAGCAUGCUUUACGAGACAAUGGAGAAGUGCCUUCUUGUGACCCAGUGUGCAAGAAAGCUGGAUCCUAGCAACACCACCAAUAAGGACCGGCCUUCCAUUCUGGGUUUGACCCCGCAAGAUGUCAUGGCGCUCAUGCCUUCUGAGAAAAAUAUACAAAGAAUGAAGCAGAUUUUACCCGAAGAGCUGGAGAAACACCUCAAGACCAAAUGUUUUAGUUUCCUCUCCUACUAUCGACCUGAAUGGGAGAGACAGAGUGACUCUCUGAAGAGCAGUCAGUUGUCUCAUCUCUCUGCGCAACUGGAUGAAGACAAAAAAAAAGUUGAGUGUCUGAAGGAAAGCUCCUGGGAAAAGAGAGCGCUCCUCCAAAGGCAGACACAACUAUACCUUUCUGAGAUGACAAAUUGUGUCAAGCUUCUUCAGUCUUUCAUCCUGGAGAACCGCUUGAAAAUCCAGCCUGAUUUGGACAGGAAGAAGUUGGACUACUUUGAAGGCAAAUGCGAAUUAAUUUUGCAAAAAAUCAUGGCUGAAAUGGUUGCAAUUCAGCUGGAAACCUACACAACUGAGUCGAUUUCCGCCCACAAAGAAAUAAGAAAAACCCUGGAGUUGGAGCUGGCAGACUGCCAGGCGGAGAAACAGGUUUUAGAGUCAACUUUGUCUUCCUUUCAGAUCUUGGGCAAGGAAUUUGAGGCUCUGGCUGCAGAGUAUGGGGAAUUACGAGAGAAAAUUGAAAUAAAAAAAUGGGCUCAGAAGGAAUUUACCAAGUACAAUGCCAAGUGAUGAUCCUACCUGAAAUGGGGUUAGCAAACACUCAAUGUGAUCAAAACCCCCUCAGAAUGUUUUGAAUAUAUUUGUACAGCAUUGGAUUCAAUCUUUGUAAUAUUUGUUCAUGGAUUUACUUACUGUAUACUUUCCUUGUGUUCCCAUCAUGUACUGAAUGAAUAAACAUGAAACAAGAGUA